AUGUCUUCGACGAACGAAUUCGAGAACCGAGAGAAGAAUAGUCAUGAACUAUAUUGGAAUGAUUUAAACAAAAUGAAAUUUCUUGGUCUUUUAUCAGCAAGUUCACUUGUUCUACGUACAUGUUUCCAUCCGUUAGCUGUGAUCAAGACUCGUCUUCAAACACAAGAGAAACAUUCGAAAUUAACAACAUUUCAACUUGGAAAACAAAUAUUCUUCAACGAAAAGAUCCGGUUCGGUUUUUAUCGUGGAUAUUCAAUUAGUCUCUGUGCACUUUUAUUCGAACCAGUUUUCAUGACGACAUUAGAAACAACACGAAGUUAUCUAGAAAAUCGUCGACCAAAUUCGAUCUCACUUUCCCAAUGGAAUACUUUGACGAGUUUGUUCUCUGCUAGUACAGCUGCUCUCAUUCAACAGACAUUUCUCGUUCCAAUCGAUGUCUUAACUCAACGCGUAAUGAUUACUCGUUCAUGUGAUGGAAUUCGAAUAAAUGAUAUCAUGCGUGAUAUUUAUUAUCGAUCUGGUGACGGUUUGCGUGGUUUCUAUAAAGGUUACUUAAUAACAUUGUCAACUUCGCUUCCAUUCAAUUCAAUCAUUUGGACGCUCUAUUGGAAAGUUCAACAUCGACUCGAAAAAUGGAUUCCAAUCAAAUAUGAUCGAACGAUAAGUCCUUUAUCGGCGACAGUUGCAGCACUCUUAACAUCGUUAUUAACUCAACCGAUUGAUGUUUUGAAAACACGUCUGCAAGUGUCAGCAACGAGACAUUCACUAUGGAAAACGUUUCUUAUUCUCAUGAAUAAAAGAGGUUUUGGGGGUCUUUUUUGUGGUUCAUUACCUCGUGCAUGUAUUGUUGUACCAAAUUCUGUUCUGAUGAUGUCGCUUUAUGAAACGAUCAAACGCGCUUCAGUUAGAAAGUAA